CAAAUCAAUCUAAUAUAAUAAGUCAUCCAAAAUGAAGAACCAUCAUAUUAUUGUAUUUCUGUUUUCCCUUUUCCUAAUUACGAGUCUUGGUAGCUUUGUUUCAUGUAAUGAAGAAACAAAGGUGUAUAUAGUGUACCUUGGAGAGCACAAUGGUGAAAGAACUUUGAAAGAAAUAGAAGAUCACCACUGUUCAUUUCUUCAUUCUGUCAAGGCGACUACUUCCAAAAAAGAUGUUAGAGCAUCACUUGUUCACAGCUAUAAGAACAUCAUCAAUGGCUUCUCCGCGGUGUUAACACCACAAGAAGCCCAUAUCAUAUCAGGGAUGGAAGGGGUAAUAUCAGUAUUUCACAGUGAUCCUCAUGCAAUAAAGCUUCAUACUACAAGAUCAUGGGACUUUGUGAGUUUACUAGAAGGAACUUCGCUGGUAAAUUCUGGAGAAGAAUUGCUCAAAAAUGCAAAUUAUGGAGAGGAUAUCAUUGUUGGGGUUAUAGACAGUGGUAAGAGCUCUUCUCUCUUUUUUGAAAAUCAUUUGAAUAUAGCCCAUCUGUUUCAAUUUAAGUGA